CAUUACAGUGAGAGGUACCUACAAGUUGGAACUCUCUGCUUGGGACAUUCACUCUUCGUUACAACUUCAACCUAUCAUCUACCACUAUCAUCUACCACUCUCACUACCACUUCCUUUACUACGAAUACAAUUAGGUAAAUAAUUACCUAGGUACUUACAUUAGGUGUCUGACUUCAUGUUAUUGACAACAAUAACAAAUAGCUUUCCCAGUGGCUCGUACUUCUUUUUCUUCCUCUUUUUUUCCGGUUGUUUGCGUUUAUUUGUUCUCGAUGGUUGGUCCGAAUAGGGGCAUAAAUUAAAACUGGGUGGUUUCGCACAUUUUGACUUCUUACUCUCGCGUCAUCGCCGUUAUGGACCGCCUGCCUUCGGACGAUGUGUCCUUAGAUGUUCCUCGUCCUACCAUCGGCUGUCAACGCGGUUCAUCUUCGCUAUCGCUAUCGACGUUAGAUGAUCCCCGAACCUCUUCCACCCAGUCCUUGGUCUCGUCAUUUUCAGACCAAGACUCGGGACGUCGUAAGCUACUAGUCAUCUACAUACAUGGCUUCAUGGGCAGCGAUGCCUCUUUUCAGUCUUUCCCUGCCCAUGUGCACAAGUACCUCAGGAUGGCCUUGUCUGAGACCCAUGCUAUCCAUUCCAAAAUCUACCCGAGAUACAAAACUUAUAAGGCUCUUGACGUAGCCCGCGAUAACUUUAGCAGAUGGUUAGCUCCGCAUGAGUCUCCAAAUACCGAUGUGGUUCUCGUUGGACAUUCCAUGGGAGGUCUGUUGGCGGCUGAUAUCGCCUUGAUGCCAUCUAGAAACAAUUAUCAGAUGGGGUACUUUUUGCAUCGCAUCAUAGGGACAGUUAACCUAGAUGCGCCUUUUCUCGGACUACACCCAAGUAUUGUUACAGCUGGUAUCGCUAGUUUGUUUCGAUCUAAGCCGAACCAAGCAAACAUACCGGAGGAAGCAGAGCCCAACGAACCGAGACCGGAUGAUGAAUCAUCCUAUUCACUUUCUCAAGUCACUUCAUCAAAUGCUUCAAUGUAUUCCCAUCAGUCUAUUGCUUCUCAGUCCUCCUCAAGACCCCAAGGGCUUCCCUCUGGUAUGACAUUUGAUCCAAAUUUCAACCCGUCGUUUUCCAACGAUGUUCCCCUUCGGGAUAGGGGCUGGUGGAGAAAUAUUGUCCACUUUGCCGAAAAACAUAAUUCCGAAGGUCUAAUAGACGCCGUCACUCGUCACCUUAUGUCUCAUCUAGAAUUUGGAAGCUGCCUCUUGGAUAUCAAUAACCUUAAGACUCGGUACGAGAACAUCCGUAGGUUGGAGGAUGUAGACGACCUUGAAGGCCAUGGAUUCUCUCACGUACCCCCGCAAGUUCGAUUCAUCCAGUACUACACUGUGUGUUACGGAUAUCCUAAGAAGCCCAAAAGUCGAAGCACUAAUGAAAACUCUGAAGCUUCUGAGGCUGUACUAGACACACGCUCAACUCCUCAAUCACCAGAGACUUCGAUUCAGCGUCACGAUGAUUUUUCAAUACCGCUUAUUAAUACUCCAGCGCAGGACGAGUCCAAUACUAGCCCUGAAAGCCCGGGUUUACAAUUACUUGAGCCUAUGCCCAUGGUUGAAGAGCCUGAACCAUUGCCUGAUGCCAAUACAUUUGGUCGCCUUUCAAACGAUGAUGCAGAUAAGACCAUAGAUAAUACUAUAUCAACCGAACAUAGGGAGAGCAACAACACGGGAAUGCUUUCUCAACAGAGUCACGAAAAUUCUGCGUCUCAGCAAUCUUCCGAUAAUGAUAAAAUCUCUACAGCCGAUCUUAGUGAUGCUGUGGCGUCCUUAAGUAUAGGUCUUCCUGCCAUACCGGAAGUCCCCGUGAAACCUGAGACGCCGGAGCUUGACCAGUACACGGACAAAGAAGCGCGGAAACAGGCCGAGAGAGAAGCUAAGCGGGUACAGAAAACAUACGACAAGCUCGUAAAGGAUCGUGAAAAGGCUUUGAGAGAGCGACAGAAAAUUUACGAUAAGAGAAAGAAGAAACUAGCGCAAGAAACGGAGAAGAAGGUGAAGGAAGAACAGAAGCGGCGUAGGAAAGAAGAAGCUACCGCCGCUGCAUCGAGUUCUACCUCAGAUGACAGCACUCUUAGGAAGGCUUCUUCUUCUUCGCCAGCCGCACAGUCAGAAGAUCCUUCAACCGGUGCUUCAACACAAUCCCAGGGGAAGACUCAACCGCCGAAACAACAAAAAGAACGUAAGUUCUGCAACAUUCCAAACAAGGUGGACGGCCGGGUCGAUCCGAAAUGGAUCAAGGUCUUUAUGAAGGACAUGGACCAAGUCGCCGCGCACACGGGACUAUUCUUCAGGGGCGAGCACUACGAAAAGCUCGUCGGCGACGUGGGUCAAACGAUCGUAAACUGGGUGCAGGACGACAUGACGAAGAGGGCUAUUUUGGAGAUGGAGCCGUAACCUAGAAACAUUAUCAGUUCUGUCAUUGUUUUUUUUCUGUAUUAACCAGUAACAUCGAGAAGCACACUUCGUGCAGCAUAAUUAAUAUUGUAAUGAUACCCAAGAGCCGAGAACAGGCAAUAAACAAAGCAUUAUUGGAUUUUCAC